CUGUUGAAAAAUCUUUGUUACACCCAGAAAUGUCUAAAGCAGAACGACUUUGCCGCGUUAAGACACCUGGCUGUCUAUUAUAGAAACGAAAACUGCAAACGUACACUAAUGCUUGUACAAAAAUAGAAGGAAACGCAACGUUCAAUUUCUAGCCUUAAUAUGCUGUGGCCGAUAAAUACGCAUGUCCGACUUGAUGACGUGAAAUGGCUCCAGCUACACCUCACGUCGUACAUUCCACCUUUUCAGUUUUUCGAGAAAUUUUUAGGUGCUUAUUUUUAUUCUUUCACCAAGAAGACAUUCAACAAGCGUAAGUCUAACAAAAGGCAAAACCAACAAGGGAAAUAAAACGCUCCAAUAUCUUUUCCGUUUCCACAGACAGCGACUUUCACCAUUAUGUAUUGAAUCGACACAAUUUUUCCCUCUCUUUUGUAUUGAACCACCCCACUACGCAUGAUGGGCAGUGCUUUCAAUUUAGUGGAUAGGGGAAAAGGAAAAUAUACACGAGUAUUUGGUGGUGAAGUAGUAUAUGAGAAUGG